GUUUAAUCCAAGGGGACUGCAGCAGAAAUCAGAAAUGUCAAUUUUAUUUACAGUAGAAAGGAAAAGGUAGUGGGUGUGUUGUUUUGCUUUAUGUUUUUAGUUCCGUAAAAUAUAAUAUUCCUGUUAUUAUAAAAACAUAGUAUUAGUCCUAGUAAUAAUUUAAAAACUAUAAUAAUAUAAUAGUGUAAACAAAUUAGUAAAAUAUCUCCGUCAGACAGUAAUAAUCAAAAGGAAUCAAAAAUAUUUGCUUUCCAUUACUUUGUGAUAAAUUAGUUACAAAUAUUGUUUUCAUGAUAUUAUGUUCAUAGUAAACACCAAAUUAAGUUAACGAGUUGCAGUGGUCAACGUUUGUGGAUCAUUAUCAUUAUGCUAAACGAUGGCAUUAGCCACAAUAAAGUUAAAAAUGUUUUGUGCGUUUAUCUGAAAAAUGGUUGUGGUUUGUGAACGCAGUUCGAUAUCUGAGUCUCCGCAAUGUCGACGUCGUGCCAAAAAAGCGGGAUGCGCCUGAGUGAAGCCUUAGAUAAUAUACAGCUCGCCUAUAAUCCUAUUACGAAACAGUUGCAUUUUGUGAGCCCUAAGGUUGAAAAAUCUACUGAGGAAUGUUCGGAUGAUGUUGACAAGCUGUCAAAGAAGAGCAGUUUUAGUGAUGAAGGUAACUUCUCCAUAUCAACGUGUGAGAAAAGUGACACCAGUGACUCUCCUAAGAGUACUCUUCAAUGGGGCAGUGUGAGUGGUCACAAGAGGGGCAAGGAUGGUGGGUCAUUCUCAAGUACUGUGUCGAGUCUAUCCGAGUGCUCCUUGGGGUCGAGCGAGUCUAAAGAUGACCUCGCUGAGGUGGGUGUGCAAGAUCAUGGGAAGCUGAAGAAGAAAGGAUUGUCUGGAUUCUUUAGCAGAGGCGUCUUCCCAUGGAAAAGCAGUUCAUCAUCCAAAAGCCAAGACUCAAGUGUCGGUUCAUCUUGGCGGUUAUUCGGCAGUAAAUCCACCUGCAACCUCGAUAAGGCCCUAACCACGGAAACACAGAACACUUUAAGUCCUGCAUCAUCAGCUGCGAACACUCCUCAUCAUCACAAGAGGCAAGGCAGUUCAGCAAGCGAGAAGCAGUUCGAGGAUUUGGUGGCCAGUUCUAUAGCUCUCAUUCAGCAUGAUAGACCGUCGAAUCUCCCAGCAAAAUGCACGGAAGAGGCGCUCCGGCACAAAGCAGAACACGCACGUAUGGUCGAGGCGGCGAGGCGCAGGGUGGAGCGCGAGGCGGCCGCGAGGCACGCGCGUCUGCAGGAAUCGCUGCGGUUGGAGGAACGCCUCGCGAGGCACGCGAAGGAAUGGACCCAGAACAUAUUGCCUGAUUGGCAUAACAUGAAGAACAGCAAACGUACCCUCGAACUAUGGUGGAGCGGGCUUCCCCCGGCCAUCAGAGGUCGAGUGUGGCAGCUGGCCAUCGAGAACAAACUCAAAAUCACCCACGACCACUACCAGGCCUACGUCACCAAAGCGAAGCAAAAGCUACACGAAGCACAGUUGCGAAGAAAGAGAUUAAAAAUCAACUCAAGAAACACAUGUAAUUGCAAAAAAGAUGAUAAAAUCGAAGAUCAGAAAGUCGAGGAUAGAUUAUCGGCUGGAGAAUUUGUGAGGUCUGACGAGAGGUCAUCGAAAAGAUCCUCCAAAACCGAUGAAAGAGAUGACAAACCCGAAAAACAGAGACUAGGUUUACCCAGAAAUUUCAGCGAGCAGAACCUAAAGACGUUAACGGUGGAUCCGCCAAAGAAAUGCUGUUCGAAAUCCAACCCUAAUCUACUGGACUAUGGUGACGAAUGUUCCAUGGAGCUAAUACAGCUGGAUAUAGCAAGGACUUUUCCUCACCUGUGCAUAUUCCAGCCCGGGGGGCCGUACUUUGACGUGCUGCAUGAGCUGUUGGCAGCCUAUGUGUGCUACAGGCCUGAUAUCGGCUACAUUCAGGGUAUGUCAUUCAUAGCGGCGGUGCUAAUCCUUAACAUGGAAGCGCCACAGGCGUUCGUCUGUUUCGCUAACUUGUUGGACGGACCCGUUCUGAGAGCUGCUUUCACUAGAGAUGGUGAUACUAUGCAGCGUCUAUGGAAGGCCUACUCAACGCUCCUGCAUCAUAACCUGCCGUCUUUAGCAGACGUAGUGGCUCCGGAACUGUACCUGUUAGAAUGGCUAUACACGGCGUUCGCUAAAGCCAUGCCGUUGGACGCCGCGUGCAGAGUGUGGGACGUCUUCCUGAGGGACGGUGAUACCUUCCUCUUCAACACAGCACUGGGUAUCCUCCACUUAUACCAAGACGAGCUCAAGGAUAUGGACUUCAUCGCGGCUGCCCAGUUCCUCACCAAGCUCCCUGAGGACUUGGACCCUGAGGCUCUCUUCAGAAGCAUCUCCUCCGUCUCCAUGACCCUGGCCGGGAUGUCGUUUGAGGAGCUGGUCUCCUGCUGCAGCCUGGACGACGACCUCAGCGCGAGGUUAUGAUACUAUGCCGGGGAACUGUGGGACCUUAUGCAUCUGAAAGCCGGUUGGAGAUUAUAGCGACUGCUGAAUUAAAUUGACAACAUUUUACUAAUAUAAAAAAAAAAAUAGUCAGUGUUAACUUUACGCGCGGCUGAAGUUAAACUUAAUAUUGUCGGCAAAAGGCAUGAUCACUUAUGGCGGCCUCAAAAAAGCUGUUCUGUCCAGCGGCCAUUUUAAUAUUUAGUAUUACAGGUUCCUUUUGCAACAAAAUUGCGUUUUUUUUCCUACUUAUAUUAUUAAAAUACCAAAUGUUGUCAGUUGGUUUAGUUUUGCCUCCUAAAAUUAAUGAUAAUUUUCAAAAAGUCUCGGAUUUCGUGAAUUUUUUUACUCCACUGAAUUACCGUAGAUAUUAACAAAAUAAAAAAUAUCGUUUAGGUUAAAUAAUGGUGUUCUGACGUUUUUGUGUACCUGUGUCUGAAGUUUUUUUUAUUUAUAUCUAGAAAUAACUAUAAAAUACAAUUCAUGUCUGGGCUCACCUUUCGAAUUCUCAACUUUAUAUAUUAUAAUAUAAUAAUUAUUUUUCAAAACUUUAAUAUCAAACCUAAAGAAAAUUCUCUAUCUCAUAUAAACUUUUUCAUGUCUAUACUAAAUAAAAAUAAUAAAUAUUGUGUAAAUAUUUACUAACCAUAAGAUAUACGUCUUUAUUAAAUAAAACAAUGUUUAGGUACUAAAUAAUCUAGUUAGUUAUUUUUAAUUAGAUAGUUAUUCAAAAUAAUAAUGUCAGCUACUUUUGCUUUAAGAAAAGUAGCAUUUGCAAACAUAUCAUACUUUAAUAUUAAUAGAAUUGAAUUUUAACAAAAACCAUCUUCUAUAUCUAUAUGCGAUUGAGUUUUCAAUAAAACUGACAAAUUUCUCACUAUAUUUAGCUAUCCAUAAUGGCCGAUUUACAUUAUUCCAGUAAUAUUUCAGCAUUCCAAUUCAGUAAAAGGAACAAUCAUAUGGAUAGCAGCCAUCCCUAGGCGUCCAUUAGACGAUAGGUUCUGCAUCGAUCAUCGUCCUUCACAUCGACUUUGAUUUUUUGACGAAUAACAUUGCUAUGUCGUUUUACAAAAAGUAAAGAUUUUAUUUUGAUAUUUAUUUAAUAAAUAAUUUAAUAAGGAAACUUUUUGCAAUUCUAUCGC